UCGAAAUUAAACGAGGCUGAUCGGUCGGCCAUCUGCAGAUGUUGCAGUCAGAGCCACGUCAUAUUUUGUAUGCUUUGCGAGUUAGGUCUGUGAAGUCUUACUUUCUUAUAAAACUUUGCCUUUCAAUAACUGAAAAUAUGAACAUAUUUCGUCUCUUAGGUGACUUAUCGCAUCUUCUCGCGAUUAUCAUCCUUCUCCUAAAAAUAUGGAAAACUCGAAGCUGUGCCGGUAUCAGUGGCAAAUCACAAAUUCUAUUCGCUAUUGUCUACACAAUGCGCUAUCUAGACCUGGUGACAACUUACAUCUCAGCGUACAACACAUUUAUGAAAGUAAUUUUCAUCGCAACCUCCUACGCCACUGUUUUCCUGAUGUACGCUAAAUUUAAAGCCACCUACGACCACAACCACGACACGUUCAGGAUCGAGUUUCUAGUUCUCCCCACGCUGGUACUGGCGUUACUAAUCAACCACGAGUUCACAGUCGUGGAAAUUUUAUGGACGUUCAGCAUCUACUUGGAGUCCGUAGCAAUAUUGCCCCAAUUGUUUUUAGUAUCAAAAACGGGAGAGGCGGAGAGCAUCACCAGCCACUACCUGUUCGCUUUGGGAUCGUACAGAGGGCUCUAUUUAUUAAACUGGGUGUAUCGUUACUACGCAGAGGAUCACUACGAUUUAAUCGCCAUAGUUGCUGGCUUAGUGCAGACAGUUCUCUACUGUGACUUUUUCUAUCUCUACAUUACCAAAGUAUUGAAAGGCAAGAAGCUGCAACUACCUGCUUAGCUGUUUAGAAGUAUUAUUAUUUGAAGAACGAUACUUGCUCCCCAGAGCGACAUCAUACUACAAUUUAGUUUAUAUAAAUUUUGGCAAUAUUCAGUCGAGGAAUGCUGGUGUAUAAAGUGUACAUUUUAUCAAGUACGAAAGCAUUCCGAUCUUCUUGUACUUUCACCAUUACAACAUCCAUGCGCAAACUUCUUUCGUAUUUAAGUCUGUUACAUUUAUUUUUAAUGGAAUGUUCUUGUCGAUACCUUAAUAGGUGAAAUUUUUUGAAGAUACUAUUAUAAAAUAAAGUAGCUGAAUAUAUUUGACGAA